AUGGCGCCGAAACAGAAACCCCAGAAGAUGUCCAUAGGGACAUUCUUGGCCGAUGAGAAUUUUGGCUCAUGGGCCGAUGAAAUGGAAGAUAUGCCUUUGCCUGCCCCUCCUGAGCCCCGAUCGACUUAUGGAGGCGAGCGGCGGACUGUGAGCUCCACUGCUACUAGCUAUGGAAACGGUUUGGAGCGUGACCGUGCCGGAUAUACGCCUCGACCGGAGCUCCCCCUUCCUACCCAACCCCCAUAUACCGCUCACAUUGGCAAUCUGUCAUUCGACGCCACCACCAGCGAUAUCGCGCAGUUGUUUGCCGACUGCCAGGUAACAAACGUUCGCAUAGUCGAAGACAAACUGAACAGGACUCCAAAAGGCUUUGGUUACGUCGAGUUUGCUACCGUCGACGGCUUGAAGAAGGCUCUUACGUAUUCGGGUGCCACACUUCAGGGACGGGCCAUUCGAGUCAGCGUCGCAGAGCCACCCAAGGAACCUCAGCAACCGACCCGGGACUUGAGCGACUGGACGCGCAAAGGCCCUCUUCCAGAUCUGCCCCCACCCCCACGCCGUGUCUCCGAUCGCCCUGGCUUUGGCCGAAAUUUCGACAAUGUGUCAGAAGCAGGUAGCGAUCGCGGACAGAAAGUGCGAGACCUCAACAACUGGGAACGAAAGGGUCCCUUGUCACCAAUUCCUCCAAGUGGUAGGGAAGGCGGUCGCCCCCGUAGCAAUGAAGGUUCGGGAUUCCGACGAAGCUCACCUGCAUGGGGUGAAGGACGAUCUCAGGACGGCUCACGGCCCCCGCGACGCGACUUCCAUGACCGGACCCCGACUGCGGCAGAACUUGAUAACUCGUGGAGAGCGAGAAUGCGCCCGGAUCCCCCUAAGGAGCCUAGCAACCCUCCAUCGCCUGCUCCGGCUCAGCGACCAAAGUUGAACCUGCAGAAGAGAACCGUAACUGAUACUGAACCGGCCGCCCCGGCCCCGCGCACAGGGGAUGCAAAGUCCAACCCAUUCGGUGGCGCACGACCGAUUGACACUGCUGCAAGGGAGAGAGAAGUUGAGGAGAAGCGCGAACGCCAACGGAGAGAAGCCGAAGAACGGGCAAAGGCAGAGAAGGCCGAGAGGCUUGAGAAGCAACGGCUUGCGAGGGAACAGGCCAAGGCGGAGAAAGCAGCGGCUGAGGCCAACGGUUCCAAGGAGGGUAGCUCCGAGGCUCCUCAGGGAAAGAACUUCGAAAUCCUCCGGCGGGCCGGCGGCGAGGAAGAGAAUGGGAUGACUGCUGAUCAUGAACCGGAUGAGCCGACGGAAGAGUCUGCGCCAGCCGAGUCGACCGCAGCGAAAGAGACCUCUAGCGACUUGCCGCCGAGCAAGGCCAAUGGCAACUGGAGAAGUACUGCUGCUCCAGUGACGGAUACUGCCGAUGAAGAGGGUUGGAGCACUGUCUCGUCGAAGCAGCGCAACAACCGCCGAGGACAAGGCCGCUACGCGUAG